UGUGUGUGCACGUGUCACCUGUCUGUGUGUGCAGGUGUCUGUGUGUGUGUGCACGUGUCACCUGUCUGUGUGUGCAGGUGUCUGUGUGUGUGUGCAGGUGUCACCUGUCUGUGUGUGCAGGUGUCUGUGUGUGUGUGCAGGUGUCACCUGUCUGUGUGUGCAGGUGUCUGUGUGUGUGUGCAGGUGUCACCUGUCUGUGUGUGCAGGUGUCUGUGUGUGUGUGCAGGUGUCACCUGUCUGUGUGUGCAGGUGUCUGUGUGUGUGUGCAGGUGUCACCUGUCUGUGUGUGCAGGUGUCUGUGUGUGUGUGCACGUGUCACCUGUCUGUGUGUGCAGGUGUCCUCUGGACGACUUUGAGUUGGUUUUGUGGACGUCUGGAGCUCGGGGGAAGUGUUACUCUGUGUGUCCAUACUGCUUCAGUAACCCCCCCUUCAGAGACAUGAAGAAAGGUCUAGGGUGUAACGAGUGCACACACCCUUCGUGCGUUCACUCCCUGGCGUCUCUGGGCAUCGGUCAGUGUGUGGAGUGUGAGUCUGGGGUUCUGGUUCUGGACCAGACGUCGGGUCCCAAGUGGAGGAUGUCGUGUAACAAAUGUAACGUGGUGGUUCACUUCUUCGAACACGCCCACAAAGUCCAGGUGUCGUCGGAGUCGUGCGAGUCAUGUGACGCGUCCCUGGUGGACGUGGACUUUAAUAAGUCCCGCUGUCCUCUGCCUGGGGGGGACACUCACAGGUCCGGCUGCGUCUUCUGUGACCCGAUGUUCGAGGACCUGGUGGAGCUGAAACACGCCGCCCUCAAACACCCGAUGCACCGCGGGGGACGAGGACGAGGACGAGGACGAGGACGAGGACGACGAGCCGGACCCAAGAAACCCAAGGACAAGAUGGCGGCGCUGGCGGCGUAUUUCGUCUGACAAACUCUUCCGCUCACUGCAAAUACUGCAAAUACUGCAAAUACUACUGCGGGUACUGCGGUACUCUGAUCCAGGGUCAGAAUACUGCAGUAUCUGAAUACUUCAGAUACUUUUACUUUGUGUUGUGUUUAAAAUAAAGACGUGACCUGGAAAUAAAAA